AUGGUCCACCGGGUGCUCCUCCGAGGACAGCUCGCCUCUCGCACCUCAAAUGGGCACGUAGCUUUCAUUCCGCAAUGCAGAAAACUCGUUUUCGAAUACUGCGACAAAUGGCCCUCGUCCGCCAACGCCCGUACCUUCCUCCAUAACCAUCUUGAAGACUAUGCCCGCGCACAUCCUCAUGUUGAGAUCGUUGUUCGAGAACGGAAUCACAAACAGCCCAUCGUCCGAGGUUUCUACUUGAACGAUAGGGAGAAAGUCGUUGGCUUAAAAGGCUACGAAGUGACUGGCAUUCAGCAAAAAGUCCAGCUGCUCUUGGAUUCUUCGGGUGCCAAAAUCAAACCACUGAAGAGGAGGACAAUCGAGAGUACCACAGAGUCUGCUAGAGGCAUCUGGAGUGGUGUACACGUCGAGACACCGUUCAAAAUCUGA